CAACUCACAACACCAGAGAGGCAGAGACCACCACUGUAACUCGCGCGCAUUCUCUCUCUCCUCUUCCCGCCAAACUACAUACUCUGUCUUCUGUAAUUUCCCAUACAUUUUUCCCGCCAUUUUCAACCACAUAAUACCUCAUUUUCCCUCACUUCUCCUCUUCACUUUCUCUCUCUCUCUCUCUCUCUCCUCUUUCUCUCACUUACAGUUCAAUCUUCCAACAAUGGCGCCUUCUCGCAAAGCCAUCAAUGGCAGAUCACCAUUAAUCAACAAACAACACCAAAUCACUUCCUUCUUCACCAAAUCACCACCUUCUUCUUCUUCUCUUAAACCUAUUCCCAAAUCAUCCUCACCUCCAAUCCCUAAUUUACCCCCAAUUCGCAAUUCCCAAAACCCUAACCCUAACCCUAGUAUUAGUCCGAAUUCAACCCCACCAACAACACCUUCUCCAAUCAACGGAAAAUCAAAGCCCAAAUCUACGUCAAAACCUAUGCUAGUAAUCGGUUCACAAACAACGACGAAUUUAGGGAGUCAUUCUUACGGUGAAGAAGUAGUUAGUAAGAGAAUUAGGGUUUAUUGGCCGCUUGAUUCGGUGUGGUACGAGGGGAGUGUGAAGUUGUUUGAUAAGGUUUUAGGGAAGCAUUUGGUGGAGUAUGAAGAUGGUGAGGAGGAAAUGAUUGAUCUUUCUAAGGAAAAGAUUGAGUGGGUUGGAGGUGAUUUAGUUAGGAAAGUUAGUAAGAGGAGGUUGAGGAAGGUGUCUGUUGUUGUGGAUGAUGAUGAGGAGGAGGAGAAUGAGGGGAAUGCGGGUUGUGUGGCGGAUGAUUCGAGCGAUGAGGAUUGGGUGGCGAAUGGGGUUGUUGAGGAGGUAGAUUGUUUGGAGGAGAUGGAAUUGGUGGAUGAAGUAGAGGAAGAGGAAAAGGAGGUUGGGAGUUUGAAGAGGAAGAAGGGAGAUAUUGGAGGAGGGAAGGGAAAUAAGAAGCUUAAGGAAGAGGCGGCGGAUUCGUGUAAGAAGAAGAAAGUUGGGUUUUCGUUUGGUGAUUUUGGUAGCAAGCCGGUGAAACCGGUUACUCAAGAGGAGCCAAAGAAAGUUGUUGACGGCAUGGCUGUCGAUGCAUUGGAGAGGUUUGGUAUUCGUGAAGAACAGAAGUUCCCAUUCCUUGGAAAAGAUCGUCGAGAUGCCAAAAGGAGACUUCCUGGUGAUGCAGGUUAUGAUCCCAGAACUCUUUAUUUGCCCCCUCACUUUCUGAAUAAACUGACGGGCGGUCAGAGACAAUGGUGGGAGUUUAAAUCAAAGCAUAUGGACAAAGUCCUUUUCUUCAAGAUGGGAAAAUUCUACGAAAUAUUUGAAAUGGAUGCACAUAUUGGCGUAAAAGAGCUUGAUCUGCAGUAUAUGAAGGGAGAACAACCACAUUGUGGAUUCCCUGAAAAGAAUUUCUCAAUCAAUGUAGAAAAACUAGCAAGAAAGGGUUAUCGAGUCCUUGUAGUGGAGCAGACUGAAACUCCAGACCAGCUCGAGAUUCGACGCAAAACAGAGGGUUCCAAAGACAAGGUGGUCAAACGAGAAAUAUGCGCUGUGGUAACAAAAGGAACAUUGACGGAGGGUGAGAUGUUGUCAGCAAAUCCAGAUGCUUCUUAUAUUAUGUCAGUGAAUGAAAGUCCUAGAGCCUCUUCAGAUAAGGAAGAAGGACAUUUAUAUGGUGUUUGCCUUAUUGAUGUCUCUACAAGCCGAGUAAUUAUUGGCCAGAUAACGGAUGACUUGGAGUGCAGUGCUUUAUGCUGUCUUCUAUCUGAAUUGAGGCCGGUUGAGAUUAUAAAACCUGCUAAUAUGCUUAGCGCUGAGACUGAAAGGGCUCUUAUCAGAUACACUAGAAAUCCUCUAAUCAAUGAGUUGGUUCCGCAUGUGGAAUUCUGGGAUGCUGAUAGAACUGUGCAUGAACUCCAGAGUUUCUAUAGUCACAUCAAUAGUCCAUCUGUUUCUUCACUUGAAGAGCAAGUAACUGAUGCCACUAAAUCCAAUUCUAAAGACGAGCAAUGUUGGCUUCCAGAUGUUGUAAAUGAGCUGUCGAGUGCUGGUGUAGACGGUAGUCUUGCACUAUCAGCUCUUGGAGGCAGCCUCUACUACCUGAAACAGGCUUUUCUCGACGAAACAUUGCUUAGAUAUGCAAAAUUUGAGUCCCUUCCAUGCUCUGGGUUCUGUGAUGUUUUCAGGAAAUCUUAUAUGGUGUUAGAUGCUGCUGCACUGGAGAACUUGGAAAUAUUUGAGAACAGCAAAAAUGGGGGCUCCUCUGGAACAUUAUAUGCCCAGCUCAAUCAUUGCGUGACCGCAUUUGGGAAGAGGUUGCUAAAAGCAUGGCUUGCAAGACCCUUGUAUCAUGCAGAGUCGAUUAGGAAACGACAAGAUGCCAUUGCAGGCCUUAAGGCAAACAUAUCAUUUGCGCUUGAAUUCCGAAAAGAGAUGUCCAAGUUUCCAGACAUGGAGAGGUUGCUCUCGCGCCUCUUUGCUAGCAGUGAAGCUAAUGGAAGAAAUGCAAAUAAGAUUGUUCUCUAUGAAGAUGCUGCUAAACAGCAGCUUCAAGAAUUCAUAUCAACAUUACGUGGCUGUGAAGUAAUGACUGUGGCAUGCUCUUCUCUCAGCUCUAUCUUGAACAAUACCGACUCUGAAUUGUUACAUCAUCUGUUAAUUCCUGGCAAAGGUCUUCCGAAUGUGAGUUCAAUUCUAAAGGAAUUUAGGGAUGCCUUUGAUUGGGCUGAUGCUAAUAGCACGGGUCGUAUAAUUCCUCUUGAAGGAGGUGAUGCAGAAUAUGAUUCUGCCUGUAAAAAAAUUGAGGAGAUUGAAUCUAAUUUGAAUAAGCAUAUUAAGGAGCAGAAAACAUUAUUUGGCAAACCAUUGAUUGCAUGUGUCACAGUUGGAAAGGACCGAUACCUGUUAGAAGUGCCUGAUAGUUUGAAAGGAAAUGUCCCCAAAGACUACGAGUUACGGUCAUCCAAGAAGGGUUUCUCCAGAUAUUGGACACCAUAUAUCAGGAAGAUGGUGGGAGAGCUGACACAGGUUGAAGCUGUAAAGGAAUCCAAACUCAAAUGCAUUUUGCAAGAUUUGAUAGGACGUUUUUGUGAGCAUCAUACAAAGUGGAGAAACUUGGUUUCUGCUGUUGCAGAACUAGAUGUUUUGAUCAGCUUGGUAAUCUCAAGUGACUACUAUGAAGGACCAACAUGCCGUCCAAUUAUAUCAACUGGGUUUAAUUAUAAUGAAGUACCUCAUUUAGAAGCUAAAAGUCUAGGACAUCCGAUCAUUAAAAGUGAUUCUUUGGGCAGGGGUACUUUUGUACCCAAUGAUAUUAAUGUUGGCGGUGCUGAUCAUGCUACCUUCAUCUUGCUUACUGGUCCUAACAUGGGUGGAAAAUCAACUCUUCUUCGCCAAAUUUGCUUGGCUGUUAUUCUGGCUCAAGUUGGAGCAGAUGUUCCUGCAGAACACUUUGAGCUAUCACUUGUUGAUCGGAUUUUCGUUCGCAUGGGGGCUAAAGAUCACAUUAUGGCAGGACAGAGCACAUUUUUAACAGAGCUUUCAGAAACUGCAUCUAUGUUGACAUCUGCUACCCGUAAUUCACUUGUGGCAUUAGAUGAACUUGGACGUGGCACUUCGACUUCAGAUGGACAAGCAAUUGCGGAAUCAGUCCUUGAACAUUUUGUUCGCAAAGUGCAGUGUCUCGGAAUGUUUUCCACUCAUUACCACCGAUUAGCAAUAGACUAUAAGAGAGAUCCCAAGGUCUCUCUAUGUCAUAUGGCAUGCCAAGUAGGAAAAGGUGACGAAGGAGUGGAAGAAGUCACAUUUCUUUAUAGACUGACCCGAGGUGCUUGUCCCAAAAGUUAUGGUGUUAAUGUUGCACGGCUAGCUGGAAUUCCUGAUUGUGUACUACGUAAGGCUGCUGCCAAGUCCAGAGAAUUUGAGGCAGUUUAUGGUAGGCAGCAAAAAAGAUCCAACAACGAUGUCCGGAAUAGGGAAGAAGAGACCGUUAGGCUGUUUAAAAAUUUGGUUGGUUUUAGUUCUUCAGAUGAUCAUUCUUCAAAUACAAGUACAGCCACACUUAGUCAGCUUCAGCACCAAGCUAGGAUUCUUCUGCAACAACAUUAAUUUGGUUGCAUAUAAUUACUCCUAUUGGAGCAUACCUGUCAAAUAUUUUCAUUUUCGGGUUAUCUGGGUUGCCGGUAAAUCCAAGCUUCCUCGCAUCCAGGAUCGGGUUUUUGUCAGUCGUUCUGGUCCCGUGAUUACCUAACCUUGUAGAAACUGAUGUUUCGUCUGUACAGGUAGUACUAAUCUUGUACAUGAUUAUUGAACUUAAUUUGAAAAAUCCAUUGGGAUUAUUAUUAAUCUAUGUUACCCUGAUGUAUUAUUGGCUAGUUUAA